AUGCCAGAAAAACAUUUCACUCAACUGGAASCUGCUCCAAAAGUGUUGGGUCUUUACGGAGGAGGGACGUGGGGGUCCGUCAAGACGUUGCUUGGAGCUGGGGUGGGGGGGCUCGGGCCUUUCCCUUGCAGAGAAAACGAACCAUUUUGGAAGAUGCCUCACAAAGAUGAUUCGGACCACUGUAACAUGACAGCGGCGGCCGCGGCGAUGGUACAGAGCUCAGCGGCUCUGUUCGGUUGUUCGGCGGCCGGUCAUAGUGGUAUCAACCAGCUGGGUGGAGUGUACGUCAACGGUCGCCCGUUGCCGGAUUCGACGCGACAGAAAAUCGUCGAGCUUGCGCACUCGGGCGCCAGGCCUUGUGACAUAUCCCGCAUACUGCAGGUCUCCAACGGAUGCGUUUCCAAAAUACUCGGCAGGUAUUACGAAACCGGUUCAAUCAAGCCGCGUGCCAUUGGCGGCUCGAAGCCGCGGGUUGCCACCAAUGGCGUAGUGAACAAAAUCGCCGACUACAAGCGCGAGUGUCCGUCCAUCUUCGCUUGGGAGAUCAGGGACCGGUUGCUGUCCGAAGGGGUGUGUAGCAACGACAACAUACCCAGUGUGUCGUCCAUCAACCGGGUGCUGAGGAACUUGGCCGCACAAAAGGAACACCAGGCCUCGUCGACGCACCAGCCGGGCGGUGGAAAUGGCCUGAGCGGCGGUGGCGGCAUCGGUGGCGGCGGAGGUGGCGCGGCAGAGUCUGUGUACGACAAGCUCCGCAUGUUCAACGGACAAACGGGUUGGCCGUGGUACGCAGCACCACCACCACCACCACCACCAUCGUCGGGCGGCCCACCCGUGCACGGCGGCGCGCCGUCACCGCACCACCCGGCACUGGUCGGCUCGGCUGGCCACCAUCCGGGAAAUCCAGCGGCCGCUUCUCUGGCCACGGCUACCACGGCGUCACUCACCACCGUGUCCAGAGAUGAUAUCCAGAGGAGAGCUGCUGAAUUAGCACCGGAGAGCACGUCCGAUGGCAACUCGGAGCACAAUUCGUCGGCGGAUGACGAUUCGCAACUAAGACUUAGACUGAAAAGGAAACUGCAAAGAAACAGGACUAGUUUCACCAACGACCAAAUAGACAGCUUAGAAAAAGAAUUCGAGAGAACACAUUAUCCGGACGUGUUCGCCAGAGAGAGGCUGGCGGAUAACAUAUCUCUUCCGGAAGCCAGAAUUCAGGUUUGGUUUAGCAAUCGUCGAGCUAAAUGGAGACGUGAAGAGAAAUUGAGAAACCAGCGCAGAGGUGGAGGUGGUGGUGGAGGAGGUGGAGGACUUGACCAGCAAAACGGUACACCAGCUGCACUUUCUUCGUCAUCCGCGUCCGUAAGUCCACCGGCCGGCGCCACGUCGAAUGUGGUCGGUGGUAGUGGCGGCGGGGGUGGUGGCGGCGGUCACAACAACCGGCUGGCGUCGAUCCAAGCGGCUGGUUUCAACCACAUGUACCAAUCCAUCUCUCAACCAAUCGCUACCAUGCCCACCGACAAUUAUGGUUCCAUGUCCAGCAUGGUGUCCGGCGGCCAUCAUCACCAUCAUCAUCAUCAUCCGGCCAGCUCAUACCCCUACAUGUUCCAUCACCCGCCACCAGACUCGCUGUAUAACCAUCCGGUAUCGUCGUCACCACGUGUCCCUUGCCAACCCGCUCCAGCGCACUCGGUCAACGCCAACACGCAUCCGGCGGCGUAUCCCACUUCUACUCAUCAUGCGUCAAACACGUCACCCGGUGCUACGGGCACAGGCGUAAUAUCUGCCGGAGUAUCUGUACCGGUGCAAAUACCAUUGAGCCAAGCGCCGGAACACACAUACUGGUCGAGAUUACAGUGAAAGGAUGACGGUAACCGCUGAUGAUAUUUAUAUUAUGUACAUUACGACGAACGUUUGAGUGAUCUAAUUUUUAUUUUAAUAAACACGAAAGAUUUUUAACUGAUGUUUGUACCAAUGUAUAUGGGUACGUACAUUGUAUAUAUAAUAUUAUAUUACAUUGUAAGAUAUUAAAAUAUUACGUAAUAAUAUUGAUAUUACUGUAUAA